CUUUGAUUCUCUUUCUAUUAUCGGUUUAUAAUAUAAUCCAAUAUACCUAAGGAUCCAGCAGAGAGAGAAAAACUGGAUUUUAGAGAGAGAUAUACAUCAAGAUCAAUCACUCCAGUGAUCGAUUUGUUGGAGCCGUAUAGUCUCUCUCUUUUCGAUCAUAAAUUGGACAAUUUUACUACAAUUUGAAGUCGCCACAAGGAUUGAAGGAUUCUUGAUUUUGAAGCUCUUUUUUCGAAUUCACGAUCUGGAUUUUGUUCAUGACAGUCAAGAUGGUUGGAUCACAAGAGAAUCAUCCGAGAGUGAUCAGGAGGCCCUCAAAUAUUCAAGGGGGCUUACGAGCGGAGAAUGGGAAGUUAGCAGCUGGAAUUGCACAAAAUCGGAGGGCAUUGAGUACGAUCAAUCGUAACAUCAUCCGAGCUCCACCUUAUCCAUGCGUCAUUAACAACAGAGGAGGCUUGCCAGAAAAUAAUGUGAUCUCUAAUAGCAAUCCGCCUAUUCCAAUGCAUCCACCGGUAACUAGGAAGUUUGCUGCACAAAUGGCUAGCAAACAGCAGCAACCCUUACUUAAGGAAACAAAGCAGUCGGUCCAACCAGUUCCGUACACAAGUGAGUCAGAAGACUGUACCAUUAUUGAUGUGGAGGAUGACAACGUCACUAUUGACUUCUCUGUGCCGAUGUUUGUGCAACACACGGAAGCUAUGCUGGAUGAAAUAGACCGGAUGGAUGGGGAGAUUGAAAUGGAAGAUAUAGAAGAGGGGCUAAUAGUGGACAUAGACAGCACAGAUAAGAACAACCCUCUUGCAGUUGUUGAGUACAUUGAUGAUAUAAAUGCCCAUUACAUGAAAGCAGAGAGUUCUAGCUGUGUCUCACCGAACUACAUGGCACAACAAUUUGAUAUUAACGAGAGAAUGAGAGCAAUUCUCAUUGACUGGCUGAUUGAGGUCCAUUACAAGUUCGAACUGAUGGAUGAGACCUUGUAUCUGACUAUCAACCUCAUUGAUAGAUUCUUAGCAGUUCAACCAGUGGUGAGAAAGAAACUACAGCUUGUUGGGGUUACGGCCAUGCUUCUUGCUUGCAAAUAUGAAGAGGUUUAUGUACCUGUUGUGGAAGAUCUCAUAUUGAUUUCUGACAAGGCUUACAGCAGAAAAGAAGUGCUUGAGAUGGAGAAAUUGAUGGUCAAUACUUUACAGUUCAAUCUCUCAGUCCCCACUCCAUAUGUGUUUAUGAGGAGAUAUCUUAAAGCUGCUCAAUCUGACAAAAAGCUGGAGCUUCUGUCCUUCUACAUAAUCGAGCUUUGCCUGGUUGAGUAUGAAAUGCUUAAGUUCCCACCUUCUUUGUUAGCUGCUGCUGCUAUCUUCACUGCUAAAUCUACUCUCAGUGGAUCAGAGCAGUGGAGUAAGACCAGUGAAAGACAUACUAACUAUACUGAAGCUCAGCUACAGGAAUGCUCAAAGCUGAUGGUUUGCUUCCAUCAGAAAGCAGGCAGUGGGAAACUAACAGGUGUGCAUCGAAAAUACAGUACUUCCAAAUAUGGCUAUGCCGCAAAAUCAGAACCUGCUUAUUUUCUCUUAGAAACUAGGUUCCAGCAGGAUUUAGCUUUAAGUGGUAAUAUUUAA